AUGUCGUCACCCUCCCUACUCGAGCCGAACCACCAGCGACUGGUGGUCGCACUCCUCAAUCGAGCCUCCACCACACACCGCCUGACGAUCCUCGACCAGCUCGUGUCCAACGACGGCGACGAUGACGCUUCGUCGCCCUUCGAGCUGGUCGCCGAACGGUCGCUGCGACUCUCGCUGCCCGACGAUGACGAGCUUCUGCGAUCGUUGCUUGCCAGCGAAAUCCAAGCGCACGGGGAAGCUGAAACGCUGGUGCAGUGGGCCCUCAAGUUCACUGCUGCGACCAGCUUUUUCCUUGUGCUCCAACGCAAGGCUUCUGCUGGAGAGCUGUCCUCGAAGAGUAUCGGCGAGCUGUUUCUGAGUGACUACGCCCCGGCGCUGUGGGAGAAAUACGGCCACGACGAAAUCUAUGUCUCCCCCAAUCAAGCUACCGCCGAGAUGCAGAUCGAACUGCUCUUCCCGGACACCGUCGACAAGACCUCUGUCGACGCCGUUGCGCUUCCAACCGAGCCCGCACCUGCUACCGCGGAAGCACCGAGCAUGACGCUCGCGGCAUCCUCCUCAAGCGAAGGCGUUGGCGCCGGAAGCGGAUUCAGCCAAGCCUCGGUCCUGUCAUCCACAUCAACGGCAGCCACGUCCACCCGACCACCAAGCCGCGCGUCACUGGUCCACCCAACCCCCAACCCGAACCCCACCUUCAAAGCCCGCCCCAUCCCCUCCACUGUCAAAAGUAAACCCUCGAUCGAGCCCCGACUCAGCAAAGCUGCUGCGCUGCGCAUGGGUAUCAAGCUGCCAGAGUCUCCCGCCGCCGCCGCCGCCGCGCGUAGCCGUACGUCCUCCUCAUCGUCGUCGAGCCCAUCCAAGGACGCUGCCACCGCCACCGCUGCUGCUGCUGUGGGGAGCGUGGGGAUCUCAGGCGUGGCCAAACGUGCCGUAGCACCGCCCGUGUCGCUCAAAGCACCGAGCAUUGCCCCGCGCCUCAACAAGGCUGCGCUUGCGCGUCAGGGUCAGGGCGGCAGCAAUCCAUCCGAAGCCAGCGCAUCGAGAAGACCCGCCUCUGCUGCUGGUGCUGCUGGUGCUGCUGGUGCUGGGCAUGUCUUCCCCUCGACUGCACCUGCACCGGCUGCCGCGCCUGGUGGGGGAGGAGUGCAGCCAGUGCCGCGCAAGCAGGUCGACUACUCCAACACGCCCGGCCACAAACGUCUCUCGCUCGCUGGGGGCAGAUCCAGCAUCGCGUCGAUCGCACCGCCGGCGAUUGCGCCUCGGCAGAACAGGGCCAGCAUGAGCCGGAUCCAGCAUCAGCCCACGGGCGGCGCGGCAGCGAGCGCGGCGCCGCCCUCUGCGUUCAAAGGCGCGACCAGGGGACACACGCGUGCAGCCAGCGUCGCUUCUUCUUCAGUAUCCACGCCGGUGGCGUCAAAGGAGGAAGGGAGCGUCGAAAGAGCGCGCAGACCAGUCGACUUUGCGCACACGCCCGGCCACAAACGCGCCAGCCUCUCGCUGCUGUCCACCAUCCCGUCGCUCGCCGCACCGUCCUUGGCGCCCCGUCAGAACCGUGCUUCGCUUGCACGUGCGCGUCCGAUGAGCUCCUCCACCGCACCCGCCCCCUCGGCAGCGUCGACAGCGUCGACGAGCACCAGCAACGCAGCAGCAGCGACAGGGCCAACAGACUUCACCCACACCCCGGGCCACAAGCGCCUGUCGCUGCAAUUCUCGCUUGCGUCGCUCAGGGCGCCGUCGAUCCAGCCCAGGUUGAACAAGGCUGCUGGGGCGAGAAUUGGCGCGGGUGCUGCAGGCGCUGGCAACGUGAACACAGGUAUGAGCACCAAGUAA